CUAUGUGCUAUUUGUUCUUUUGAUGGGCCAUCGGGCCACUGUCCUCAUAUUUGUGGACCAAGAGUGUCACAGCACUACAUAUUCAGCUCAUGAACAACGACAUUCCCCCUGCACUCGAUAGUCGAAUAGUCACUCGUGAACUGACUACACGUCUUUGCUCUAAAGACCAUCUUCUGCGUGGUAUCAAUGACAUAAUGAAAUUCGAGCAUUCGGAGGACCAUGAAAUACAACGCUACGAUCGAAAGAUCAUCUCCUUGACUGAGGUUGCACGCAGCACUCUUAAACGUUUAAAAGUGGAAUUGUACCUAUUCGUUGCUUGUUCACAAGCUCUCGUACCGUUCAAGGCAGCAUACUUCAGACUGCUUCUCUUCAUCGAACGCCGGAAGAACGCCUUUAGUUCUGAACUAGACAAAAGAAUAUCCAGGCUCUUGGAUCCUCUAUAUACCCGGUUUGUCAUAUGCUGCGGGGGAGUUGACCCCCGUGCCCAACUGGGCAUCGAGGGAUUACCAGCCCCUCCUGACGUACCAGCUGCUUGGAAGAACACCAUGCACCAUGUAGUUCCUGCUACUGGUGUAUCGUCAGCACAAAGACAGGAGGACAUGGUGUCCGAUAUCAUGCUACCACCGGAUGCUUUCGCGAGAAAAAGGGAGAGACUCGACCGACUUGGGGAAUUUAUAAAGGAGCAAUCUGCGAAGAAGUCCCGUCGUGCACGAGAACGUCUCAUGCUGAAGCAAUACGCGGCGGGAAACCCGGAGGAAAGGCGCCUAGUACCUAAGCAAUACGCAACGGGCAACCCGGAGGUAACACGUCUCGUACCUAAACAAUAUGCAACAGGCAACCCGGAGGCAACACGUCUCGUACCCAAGCAAUACGCAACGGGCAACCCGGAGGCAACACGUCUCGUACCUAAACAAUAUGCAACGGGCAACCCGGAGGCAACACGUCUUGUACCCAAACAAUAUGCAACAGGCAACCCGGAGGCAACACGUCUUGUACCCAAGCAAUACGCAACGGGCAACCCUGAGGGAACACGUCUCGUACCUAAACAAUAUGCAACGGGCAACCCGGAGGCAACACGUCUCGUACCCAAGCAAUACGCAACGGGCAACCCGGAGGCAACACGUCUCGUACCCAAGCAAUACGCAACGGGAAACCCGGAGGAGAGGCGUCUUGUACCUAAGCAAUACGCAACAGGUAACCCGGAGGAGAGGCGUCUUGUACCUAAGCAAUACGCAACAGGUAACCCGGAGGACGGGCGUCCUGUGCCUAAGCAAUACGCAACGGACAACCCGGAGACAAGACGUCUCGUACCUAAGCAAUAUGCAGUGGGUAAGCCGGGGGCAAAACGUCUAGUGCCUCAACAAUACCCAGCAGGCAAGCCGGGGACAAACCGGGCUCUAGUACCCAAACAUUACACAGCGGGUGACGAUAAACUGGGCAACAACGUGAAGCCUUCCUGCCCUCGAAGGGUGUUAACUCGAACAUAUGCCCAAUAUUUUUGACAAUGUCUGAAGGGACAUAUAACUAAACUCUCACUCACAUCUCCGGUGAAAGGAAGAAUUUAAGAUGGCCGCAUCGAUUACUCCACUUCCAAUACAGCCGCGGCAAUCAAACAGCAACUACUUACC